UAUCAAUUAUAAGUCUUUCAUGAAAGAAUCGAAUCAUGAAAAAGUUUAUUUUUUGUGCUUUAUUUGUUACUUUAAUUCAAAAUAAUUGUGCAUUAAAUGUCUCAUCUAAUUGUGGAGUCAUGAGUGACUCAUUUGGAUUAAUUCAAGGUGGAUUGCUUUCUGGCAAAAAUCAAUUCCCAUGGCUUACAAAUAUUUUUACGAAACAGACUCUUGCGUAUAUAUUUGCUGGCAGUGGAAGCUUGAUCUCUCAUCAUUACGUUCUCUGUGCUGCCAAUUCUGUAGCUUAUGAGAAUUAUUUAGAGAAUGGUCAGUUAAAUCCGGAAAGGAACUAUCGUCCAUUAAGUGGAAAAAGCAUUAAAUUAAUUCUCGGGUCUGAACACUACAAAGGAAAUAAUGAACCAGAUGUUACAAUUGUGGAGGUCGUGCAAAAAGUUAUAUUACACCCAAAUUUAAAAGGUACUAAGCCACGAAUUGCUAAUAUAGCUCUCCUUAAAAUUAAACGUCCUAUAACAUUUAGUGAUUCUGUAAAACCUGUUUGUAUAUGGAAUUUAAAUGACAAUCAAAUGAGUAAUCACAAUAAUAUGAUAAUGUAUAGCGUUGGACAUGGCAUCGAUGAAACAGGAAGUAUUUCAUUCUUACGAAAGCAUGCAAUCAUGACGAUUCAGAAAGAUGAAGUUUGUAAACGAUUUUAUAGAAACUUUUCAACUGAUUCUGGUUUCUUUUGUGCUAGAGGAAAUGGAAUGGCAACAGCAUGUAGACACGACAAAGUGUUAUAUGUGAAAAUUGAUGGUUAUUGGUUCUUACGUGGAAUGAGCUCAAUGUUUAAAAGAUUUCAAAAUGGAACAUGCAGUCUUAAUGCUCCUGUACUCUAUGAAGAUAUUGAACCGUACUCGUCGUGGAUUAAUUCUAAUUCUGUAUUUUAAAAACUUGUGCCUUAAUAAAAUUUAAUUUUUUCAACGAUCAUAA